AUGCCUUUAAAUACCUUGUCGGCUAAUGGUGCACAAUGCCCAACAUUAGACGACAUUCCACUUCACUACAUAACACAAAAUUUGAUAAAAACAACAAAGAAUCGGGCAAAACUUAUACCAGUGUCUAAGAUGCAUAUGGUGCAGACGGGUAUGACAGCUCCUUUUCCAGGGGCUGCCACCGCCACACCAGCAGGUUUCCCAACACAAAAUGGCGAAGUCAAACCUGGGGCGGAGGAGAAACCAACGGUGACUGCUCUCCUUCCGCCCCCAACAGGUGCCACAGCACCAGGAGCAGGACCGCCCUAUAGCCCACCACCUCCUCAACCCCCGACAACAGUGGAACCACCCGUCAGUAUAGCUUGUAGCCCCGCGACGUUGGCCGCUCAGGCUCAGUCUCAGUAUAAAUGAAACCGAAAAUGGCCCUACAAUCCCAGUUCCAACCUCAGAGUCCUCAGAUGGUACGGUAAAUCCAUCAGUAGCACAGGCAGCUUCAGAUAUUAUUAA